AUGAUCAUAACCUCUUUUAGACCGUGCUUAAAUUACUUCACUGGAAGUAGUGGAACCGGCUCGUCUCCAACCGAAGAUUGUUGCAACUCGUUGAGGUCGUUUAUGGUCAAUAACAUGGAUUGUGUUUGUCUUGUCGUCACGGGAAAUGUUCCCGUGUCGAUACCUUUUAUCAAUGCGAAUAUAGCAAUUUCUCUCCCGCGAGUAUGCCAGAAUUCGGUGCCCUUACAAUGCAGAGCCACCGGUGUUCCGCUACCGCCUCCAGGCCCUGUUUUAUUCGGCCCAACAUCAGCUCCAAGCCCAGCAGGCCCAAUUUUAUUCGGCCCACCAUCAGCUCGAAACUCAGUUGGUGCACUUGCUCCAGCUCCUCAUAGUCAUCACAGUCAAAAUGCUUCCAAAGCAAUAGCCGUCCUGGCGGCUCCUCAGCCGGCUGAAAGCCUAGAAAUUUCACCGGCGGCUCCUCAAAACCCCCAAUUAGGCCCAGCCGCCAAGCCUGGGGUCAAACCGGUGGUCAACGUCAACUCGGCGUUAAUUGUGCCUAAAAUGCGAUCUCUUGUACUUACAAAUGUUGUGCUAGCACUUGUUACGUCUUACAAGUUCGACUUCAACUGA